UGUGUUCCAAACUCAGAGAUCUCAGAGAGGAAUACUGAAACUGAAAAGCCAUUCAGCUGACACUGAGCGCAAUCAGAAGACUAAAACAUGGAAGUAGAUAAGAAGACUCUGCAGACCGAGAAGACCCAGAUCACAGACUGUGAUCUGUCAGAGCAGAUAAAAGCGGUGACUAAAGAAAGCCACAGCCGAGCUGAGAACACGCAGCUGAUGCUGGCCUACCAGAGGGGACAGGUCACUUUGCCGCAGUAUAAGCUGCUGCUGUGUUCUUUGUAUAAGAUCUACGAGGCUCUGGAAGAGGAACUGGACAGGAACUGCUCACAUGAUGGUGUUGCCCCGAUUUACUUUCCCCAGGAACUGGCCAGGCUGGAGUCCCUCAAGAAGGACCUGGAGCAUUUUUAUGGUCAGAACUGGAGAGAGCAGCUUGUUGUACCAGCCGCUACACUGAGAUACGCUCAGAGACUAAGAGAGAUCGGAAAGGAUCAUCCUGAGUACCUGGUGGCUCACGCUUACACUCGUUACCUUGGCGACCUGUCAGGUGGUCAGGUGUUGGGCCGCAUUACCCAAAAGUCUCUGGGGCUGAAGAGCGGAGAGGGCUUGGUGUUCUUCACAUUCCCAGCCGUGAGCAGCCCGAAUCUGUUCAAGCAGCUGUACAGGAGCAGAAUGAACAGCAUUGAGCUGACGGCAGAGCAGAGAGAGGGUGUGCUGCAGGAGGCCAUCAGAGCCUUCCAGUUCAACAUCGAGGUGUUCGAUGAACUACAGAACUUGUUGAGCAUCUCAGAAACGAAAGAGCUCAGGCAGAGACACAAAACGCCCAGCACAAAGACUCCAGAAGCCAAAUCAGCCCAGAGUUUACGCUUGUCCCCCUCUCUGGCCUCCAGCUCUCAGCUGCUCAGGAUGCUCCUCGGAGUGUGCGUAGCUCUGGCAGUCGGCAUGGGAAUCUAUGCAUUUUAAUACUACUCAGCUUCUGGCUGUGCCACAUGUAAAAUACUGUAUACUAUGUUAAUGGUUAUUGUAGAUACACUGUACAGUUACCUGCUGACUGGCGGUGGGUGAAGCUUUCCAGGAGCUCCAGGAUCAGGAGUCAUCUUUGUGCACUUCCAGCCUGAUGCAAUUGUUUCAAACGCACUUUUAACAAGACGUGGACCAUAAUACUUUUUCAACAUGCCCUCGCCAACUUCGCCUCACCUCUAAGAAGCACGUCACACCUGUGCUACACAAGUGAAAUCGUGUUGCACUGCCUUACUUUUCUGUAAAUGCUAGAAUGUUAUGAUUUAGAAACAUGUAUAUAUAUAUAUGAGGUUUGAAAAGGGAAAUGUGUCUCUUUGUAUGGGUUUCUGGGCAGGUUUCUCAGUCCCUCACCCUUCCGUGGGCAGCACUAAAGCUAAUAAAGUAAAGGAAUGGCCUGAAAUGAUGGGGCCAAGUGGAUGAUGGCAUGCUUUAGAAUGGGGUCAGAUUGUGUAUACUCUGUAUAGAUGUUAGCAAAGAUUUUUUUAGCGGUUUGUUCUCUGAUUAUCAAUCCAGCACUUUCUUACUGAAGAGCUCAGAAACUAAACUGGGCUGAGAGGAAAUAUGCACUUGUAAUAUGUCCCUGUAUUAUGGUCCAGCUAGUUUUCUGUACUGGAAAUAGCAGUGCGUGAAUGUGUACGGUUAUAAGAAGGUCUAUUGUGGGUGGGCAUUAUUAUACCACAAACAAAUGCAAUUUCAGUAAUGUGCAUUUUGAAAUUAUGCAAAUAUUGAAUACCUGUACAUUUUUUGAUAGAUUCAUAUUUGCCUUUUUUAAGAAAAUAAAAGAUUAAAGCAAAGCAAACUGUUGU